CGACAUCGCACAAUCUCACGCUCGAAACCCGCUCGCUGCAGCCGUGUUCGCCCUCAAAACUACAUCAAGGCACUUGCGCCGAUACAGCGACAGAACUACCAGCCUCCGGUCUAGCCCGCUCUUCCGGCGCGAGCCCUUGCGCCCGCAGCCAUGCUCCCCCUCCGCGCCGUCCUGCGGCCGCCGGCCUUCCGCGCCGCGCCCCGUCACAUCGCCGGCCUUUCUCUCCCCACACGACGACGAGUCCGAAUCCCUCCAUUCCCGAUAAUACGAAGCAGCUUCCCGUCACAAAACCAAUACCCCCGACUCUUCUCCCAGACGAUCCGGCGCCCGAUCUGGGGGAGGGGGCACGACGGCUACGACCCCAACAACCCCGCUCAUCGCGAAGUCCUCAGAGAACACAACCUCCGGACCGCCCGACCGCUCAUGACGGUCGGCGACAUCGGGCGCUUCUUCAGGUCCCGCACCUUUGCCGGCACAGCCGUCCUCGCCGUCCUCGCGGGCAUCGCCUUUGUAUACUUCAACAUCCAGACCGUCCCCGUCUCGGGCCGCAAGCGCUUCAACUGCUACUCCGAGGCCCAGGUCGAGAGCAUGUCGAGCCAACAGGAAAAACGCGUCAUCUACGAGGUCGAGUCCCAGGGCGGCCGGUUCCUCCCCUCGUGGGACCCGCGCGUGCGGAUGGUCCAGCGCGUCAUGCGCCGGCUGAUCCCCGUGUCCGGGCUCGAGGACCAGGAGUGGGAGGUGAGGGUGAUUGACGACCCGAGCACCCUCAACGCGUUCGUGCUCCCCGGCGGCAAGGUCUUUGUGUACAGCGGCAUCCUGCGCCUGACGCGCACCGAGGACGGGUUGGCCGCGGUGCUGGGCCACGAGAUUGCGCAUAACCUCGCGCAGCACAACGGCGAGCGCUGGACGCAGGCAAUCGGGCCCAAUAUCCUCCUCUACAGCAUCAUGAUCUUGACUGGCAUUUACCCGGGGGCCAUUGUCCUCACGCAGUGGCUGGGCCGCGGGGUCAUGGACCUCAUGUUCACGCGGCCGAUGGGGAGGAUGCAGGAGAGCGAAGCGGACUAUAUUGGGCUGAUGCUCAUGGCGGAGGCGUGUUACGACCCGCGCGAGGCAAUGGCGUUUUGGAAGCGCAUGGACGUGGCAACGAAGCAGGCGCAUGUAGAGGAGAUUCCAGAGUUUUUGAGCACGCAUCCGUCGAACGAGCAUCGAAUCGAGGAUUACCAGAAGUGGAUGCCCAAAGCCAUUGACAAGUUCGAGGCAAGCGACUGCAAGGGAACCGCCGGCUUCGCCAACAUGUUUAGACGGGCGCUGGAUCGAGGCAGCAUGAUUGUAGAAUUUUAGAAUAGGUUCCCCUGCCAUGGACAUGUGAGCACGCUUACGUAGCUAGCUAGCUAGGUGUUUUUAGCGUUGGGGUUUGGACGGGAUGGGCCAAGUUUAUGAUGCUCCCUUGGAUUUGCUUAACUAUACUCGCUUCUCUUUUCCGAGAACUCCCCUAAACACUGUACUAACAACGCCGCUCAUCAUGCUCGUAGAUGCGUGCAUGUAUAAAGAGGAAGAAGAUCCCCGUACCAUGUUCUCUACUUUGACGAUUGAGGAGGGUGUUUGAAUCCCACGUGCCUGGUCAACCCCAGCAUUACCCCGGACAUCCUUGACAAACGGGAAGUAUCCGUACUUCGUAAUUAGAUUAAGCCUAGAACAAAACACACACACCCAAAAGUCCAGCAUUACUACUCCGUAG